CGCCUCAGCCGCUCAGUUUCCAAAACAAGUCAGCCCGUGCAGCUUCCUGCGAGGAUUUGUUCCUUCCUGCCGUGAAUUCCUUAAAACUAGUCGCGAAAAUGGCUGCAAAGUACCGGAUUGUGAUGGUGCGCCACGGUGAAUCCGAGUGGAACCAGAAGAACCUGUUUUGCGGAUGGUUCGAUGCGAACUUGAGCGAUAAGGGCAAGGAAGAGGCACUGGCCGCUGGCAAGGCGGUGAAGGAAGCCGGCCUAAAGUUCGACAUCGCGCACACGUCGCUGCUGACCCGGGCGCAAGUUACGCUGGACUCGAUCCUGAAGGAAUCGGGCCAGACCGCUAUUCCCAUCCAGAAGACUUGGCGUCUCAAUGAGCGCCACUACGGUGGGCUGACCGGGCUGAACAAAUCGGAAACGGCCGCCAAGUACGGCGAGGAACAGGUGCUGAUCUGGCGCCGUAGUUUCGAUGUGCCGCCCCCGAACAUGGAACCGGACCAUGCCUACUACGAUGCGAUCGUGAAGGAUGAGCGCUACAAGGAUGACCCGAAACCCACCGAGUUCCCGAUGGCCGAAUCGCUGAAACUGACGAUUGCCCGUACGCUACCGUACUGGAACGACGUGGUCAUCCCGCAGCUGAAGGAGGGGAAGAACAUUAUCAUCGCCGCUCACGGCAACAGCCUGCGUGGUAUCGUGAAGCAUUUGGACCAGAUGACCGAUGAAGCCAUCAUGGGGCUUAAUCUGCCCACCGGCAUCCCGUUUGUCUACGAGCUGGACGAAAACCUGAAGCCGGUCGUUUCGAUGAAGUUCUUGGGCGACGAGGAGACCGUUCGCAAAGCGAUCGAAUCCGUCGCCAACCAGGGAAAGGCAAAGUAAGUGGCCACUUGGCGACUGUUAACCGCGAUGUACAUUUCGUUAUCUCGCAACCUAUGCUACGAGCCCGGUAGGGGGGGGGGGGGGGGGAGGGGGUAGGAGUGUGGCCUAGCGCUACAACCACCCCUUCUUCGCUCUUCGUACAUCGCCACCAUCAGCUGGUAUCGAAUUCUCUUUGUGUUUCGUCGUUCUGUGCUUUGUCCACGUAAAAAGUGUCGUUAAUGUGGGGUCCGCCGGUCAGUCGGUACCUGCGCCAAUCCGUUAUUUAUUUAUAGCAUAGCUAUUGUUUACUUCGAUGGCACAAUUGAAGCUCAUAGAAAUGUAAAAUCGUUCGAUCGUGGUUCCACUUACUUACCCCACCCAAAACCGUUACCUCAGAAUAAAAAGCGUUGAGAUGCGAACCCAACCCUAUGGAAACAAAUAAAUACCAUUCUGUGGUUUAUCAGUGGAACAAAAAAAACACAAUAAUGG